GCGCGAUAAAGGCAGCAACUCAAAAAGUGUUUCUCAUGAGUUUUUACACGGCAAUACGACCAAAUUAUCAUUAAUACAAUUGAGUUUUUUCUAUCAAAUUUACAAUCGUCAGUUGAGUGAUUGAUGAAAUCAUAAUUUAAUUGCUGAGAUUCUUGUUGUGUAUUGAACUAUUGAACUUCCUCGUUGGUGUUGUUCGUUUGGAUUACAGUGAGAGAAGGAGAAGAACAUAAAAAAAUCAUCGCACGGGAAUUUUCAGUGGUGUGGCUGGCAUUUGGCCAAGUGGGUGGCAAAAUUGCCGCGGAAUCCACGGAAUUUCUAUUCUCUAUCGUUGAUUAUUUUGUGAAUUGUAGAAGAAAAAAAGGGGAGAAGUUUUGAAAUAUCAAAUAGGCAGGGAAACAUGUGUGUUGUAUUUGGAUUUAUCUCACAAAUGCGGCCAACACUUUUUCACACAAUUCUAAUUGUUUGAGUCUUUUCGACUCUAUUCGCUGCCAAGGCGAAAAUUGUCAUCGCACUUUCAAUUUUCAUGUAGUCUCAUUUGCAUGAAGAGGAGAUAUUAAUUGGAGAAGGACACGAUGGCGAAGUACUAUGGCUGUAUGCUGGUGCAGCGUGUGCUCUUUCCUGCGCUUCUAGCUGCUUGUUGUUUAUUUAGGCCAGUGGCACUGUCGCUGCUCUAUCUUCUCUUCCUCUUUCUGCUGCCCUUUGUACCUGUCGCCACGCCAGUCACGAUCAAAGGUCGCACUGGAACGUACUUCAAACUACUCAUUCUCGUGGCCACACUCACGAGUUUAUGCCAUGGGGUUUUUGAGAGUGUUCUCUUAUCAAUUGGAUAUGAUAAGUUGGAAUUUUGCGGAUUGACUGAGAAGAUUCUCAGGCAUAUUGGAUUUAUUCGCUUAAGUGAUUUAUCUGCUCUCUCUGUGAUCGUAUGGAUUGCGCCGGAGUUGGUGUUGCUGCUGGCGUCCACUGGCGUGUAUUUCAUCCUGAAGAUGAUGGCCAAUGGACAGGCGGCGCCGAGCGAGGGCGCCGGCGACGAGGGCCAGCGCGAUGAGGCGGCCGACGAGCCGAGCUACACUGUGGAGAAGUACAAUGUGAUCUGCGUGGCGGCCAAAGUGCUGUCCAUGGCGGCACUCCUGCUCGCCUCGGUGAUGCGUCCGUCGGUCCCGAGCGGUGUGUAUUUCCUCAUGUUUCUGGGCCUGGCCACAUGGUGGGCGUGCUACGGGAAGCUCGAAAGGGGUUUCGCAAUCAUAUCACGCGUGAUUAUGCUCUUCCUCAGCAUUCACAUUAUUGCAUUUAUGAUGUAUCAGACGCCGUGGCCGCAGGAAUAUUUUCCGGGUGAUAACUUAUUGCCAAGACUCUUGGGAUUUGUGCCACUUUUUAUAUCAACUUGUGAUAACUCUAAUGGUACCUUCAACGGAACAUACGCGGAUGAUAUUCGGAUUGUAAAUUUUAACACUGAUGCACCAAUCGAUGCAAUCCUCAAUCCAGUCAUCAUUCUCCUCUGCUUCUACACACUGGCAAUCUCAUCGACAAUGAUAUUGAGACAAAAGGAUAUAAAGAACAAGGCUGGUGGGGUGUUUGGCCAGCUGGAGAAUGGCACGAAAUUCGGUCAGCAGCUCUCUGUGAAAUAUCCAAAUGUACCACCAGUUGCACGUAAGAUUGGUACACGUGAAAAGUGGCAAAACACCACGAGAAAGGUUAAACUGAUGAGACGCAGUACAAGAAGAAUGAGAAUGCCAAGCUUGACUGGUAGGAAUUCAAGGGACGGAGACGGAAUUCCAAUGAAUGAACUUGAAGGAAAUGAAAUUGCUUCCACAGAAGAGGAUACCUCAGGAAUAUUGGAUAGUUUCUUCACAUUUGUACAGAAUAUCACUGGAUUUAUAUUCAAGCAUUGCUACAUCUUUAUGAAUAUUGCAAUGAUGACGUGGAGCAUAAUGUAUCACAGCUGGUUGACGUUCAUCUUACUGAUUUGGGCCAAUGUCUUGUGGAUAAUUCCAAAUCAGAGGAAGACAAUGUUGCAAUCUAGUCCUUUUGUUGUGAUCUACGCAGAGUUGCUUCUUCUGGCUCAGUACAUCUAUGGCAUGGAUCUGAAUGAGGAUGAACUUCCGGCGACAAUUGAUAUCAAAGGGAUAAAUCUCUCGCAAAUCGGCCUGGUGAAGUACACGUAUUUACCAUGCGGCCCGCUGAUCAUGAAGACCAUCUUCACUCUCAUGUUCUGGGUGACGCUGAGGCAGAUGACUAAAGAGCGUCGGGAGCAGAGACAGACAUCCACCUUGGCGGAUAUGGUGGCGCCUCUGCAAGUGACUGUUGGCGCAGCCACAGCUGAUUUGGCACCGCGAGCAGACGAGAAGGCCAAACAGUCGCAGUUCAUCACAAAGGCGGCAAUAUUAUUUGAUGCAUUUCUCACGAGAUUCUGGAUAUGGAUUGUUGUCAUAACAUUGUUUGCCUCUGGUAUUGCUGGCCAACGAAUGACUGGCUUUAGAAUCAUCUACAUGGCACUCUUCCUUGUCUUCCUCCUCACAUUCCAAGUUUCGUGGAAAGCAUGGAAGAAAAUGAUGUAUGGCUUUUGGUUGACUGUAAUUAUUUAUGCCAUGGUGAUUUUAGUGUUGGUCUACACAUAUCAAUUCGACCGAUUCCCGCAGUAUUGGUCAGAGUAUCUCAACAUAUCAGAGACGCUACAAGGUGAUAUUGGAUUGGAGAAGUAUAAAACUGGAGAUCUCUUUCUGCAUCUCGCAAUACCGACAAUUGUUGUUGUGAUGACAGUGCUGCAGUUGCAUUACUUCCACAGCAAGUUCUUGGCAUUGCUGGAACCACUUGAGGGUUCAAAUUUGGAAGCCAUAGAGCCGAAUUCAAGGCAGUACGAGAACUUGGAUGAAUCUGAUGAAUCUCCAAAGAAUGCCAAAGGAAAGAAGUCACUCUUCGCCAAGGUUCUCUCGCUGACGGGAUUGUCGAAGCAAGAGAUUUAUGACUUCUUCUCGAGAGUCAAGGAGAAAAUAGUUUACACAUACGAGACGACACUUCUCUUUCUUGAUAUUCACCUGAUAAAACUGGUGAUAUUUGUGGGCUUCAUGGUUUGUGUGAAAGAACCGUGUUUCCUGCACAUCUUCUUCACGGCAAUAAUUGUGAUUGCCGCUCUAUCGAGAACAGACUCUCAAAUUACCAUAAGUCGCAUCUUCUCUGUCAUUGUGGCGGUGCUGUUUCUCGCCAAGAUGAUCUACCAAGUCAAGUACAUCGAACACACGAAUUACGACGUUAUUUGCAAUAACGAAACGAAUCCCAAUGGAAUCAAUAAUGCCGAUUGGUUUGGAUUUCACAAAAUAUCCGAGAAUUCAACACUAACGGCACUGCUGAAGAACUACAUUGGCUACAUUGCCAUCGUGACAAUCGAUGCCAUCAUCAGGUAUCAUCAGAAGAUAAAGAGGAUCAAGAUGGGUCAGUCGCCUGAGAGGCCGGAUGUUAUGUUUCCGGAGGUGACGAGAAGAGAUGCAGAGCAGAAUCUCACGCUGAUGCUGCAAUAUCUUGCCAAUUACGCCUUCCAUCGCUUCGGCGUCGAGGCUUGCCUGAUCGUCACGGUGAUUGUGAUUGGGAUCCGCAUGGACAUCAUUGCGCUCUUUUACUCAAUCUGGUUGUGCUUCUUGUUCGCCGCGAAGAGGGACAAAAUGGCAAUGCUGUGGCCUGCUUUCCAGUGGUUCUCGGCUCUGUCCAUUGUUGUGCAAUACAUUGUCAUCGUUGGAGUUCCGCCAGGACUUUGUCUCACUUAUCCUUGGAGUGAGGGAAUCUUGAGGAAUCUUCAAAUGUGGGCAAUGCUUCCGGACGCGACAUUGUUUAAAAUCUCCCAGAAGAUCAUUCCUGACUUCAUUCUGUUGAUGCUGGUCACUCGCCAGCGAUAUGUCUUCAAGAUUGAGAGGGAUUGGCAGGAGAGGGAACAGGAAUUCCCUGGUGGGACAAACAAAUCCAUCCUCACAGAGAUUGAAGGCUUCAUUGGGAAGAAGUUUGAGAAUCCAACGCCGGAUUUUACAUCGAAUGUGCGAAAUUGGCUGGAUGUGUUGAAGCGUGGCUUCGUGCUGGGAUUCUUCUGGCUCGCACUCGCCAUUGUCUUCCUCACGGGAGCCAAUCGGGUGAAUCUGUUCUCCGUGGGCUAUCUCAUUGGCUCCUUCACGUUCCUGUGGCAGGGCUCUGACUUCUAUCUGCGCCCCGUGAGGACGAUUCUCAGAUGGUGGCUGCGACUGAUAGCGUACAAUGUGUUCGUGGUAACGACGAAGACAAUUCUGCAGAUUCCCGGAUGUCUGUUUUACAAGACACUGGAGCAGUACACUUGCUGGCUCAUUCAACUGCUCAGCAUUGUGUGCACGCAGAAACUGAAGGGAGAUGUUUCAGUGGCAUCGAUUAAGGUCAAGUGUGCUGUGAAUGCUGAUCAAGCGAGCAUCUUGUGGGACGUCAUUUGCUUCGCUUUCCUGGUCGUUCAGUAUCGAAUCUUCCAGAGUUACUACUUCUGUCAUGUGGUGAAUGAGACGAAAGCUGGGGUGAUUCUGGCCUCUCGCGGGGCUGAAUUGAUAGAAGAGCUGCGACAGAAGAAGAUGAAGCAGGAAAUGGAAGCGGAAGCGAGAAUAUUGAAGAAGCUGAAGAUGAAAAUGGAUCGCAUCAAGGCGACGCAGAAGAGACUUCUCGUGCCUGUUGUUGAAGAGCCCAAAACCCAUGCACAGGAAGUGGAUUCGGGGGAUUUGGGGGCAGAGGAGAGAAGACAGCGGAUUAGGUGUGCCCGUGCCAUUCGUUCUGGAGAUUAUUACAUGUUUGAGGAUCUCGAUGACGAAUUGGAGCUGGAUUUGUUGGCUGAACCAAAGUCUGAUGACGAUGUUGAGGAUCAACAGAAGCAGAAGAUGCAGAAAAAGAUGGGUUUGGGCGAGUUGAUAACGACGAAAUUGAAUGAAGGCAAAGUGCAUAAAUCAUCAGAAUCCGAUCCUGGCUUUUCCACAUCAUCUUUCCAUCGCAGAAGUGAUCGUGAGUCCAAAAAGGGCAGGAAAUCCUACCAGAAAUUCGAUUCUGGUCGCUCGAUUAUGUCUGAACCGCUUCCGUCACACAUUGGUAGUGGUGAAGACGAUGAUGACGAUGUAUCUUCGAAGCUGGCUUCGAAGCGUCGCGAGGACGCCGAUGAGUUGGACAGGGAUAAGCCGGGACCAAGUCGUCAGACGCAUGCUUACAAAUCGCCUUCGGACAGUGACGAUGACGACGAUCCGACUGAGCGGCAGCAUCUGAAGAGGUCCAGCUCGGAGGAGAGCGUGACCGAGAUGGAUGGAGAGGAGGAGCGUCCGAGAGGGCGAUUGGUUGGCUUGAAGUUGAUUUGGGCCUUUCUCGAGGGCGCCAUGAUUUCCCUAAUCAUUCGCCUGAAUCGCAUCUCGAGGCACUAUCGAUACGUCGUGCGUGUGUUGGCGAGAGAGAAGAUUGAAUUGAAGAAUUCGCCGGACUUUGGCAUUGGCAGACGGGCGGGAAAUAUGAUGUGGAUUCCACAGAGGAUCAACAGUGAUCGAUCGACGGAAAGCUCCACCACUGAGUUGGAGAGACAUCCGAGAGUGGCAGUGAGUGAGGAUGAUGUUAAGGUCGAUACGGCAGAAACUGAGGACAGAUCAGAAGAUGAAGGAUUGGCGGCCAAUUAUGCGGCGAUGCAGCAAGUUGUCAUGAAGGCGAAACCCCAAGAAGAGGAGGAAGAACAGCGCAGAGAAAGUGUGGUGCCAGAAAUUCGUAUCUUGGCGCCCUCAUUGGAGCGUGGCUUAGAUGAAGUUACACCAUCCACUGCAAAAGUGGACAAGCCAAAAGUUAAGGACAGAAAAUUCAAAGUAGAUGAAAUUGAGGAUUUUUCUGAGAAGGAACAUUCAUCGAUUGUUGAACUUCUAAUGGCUUGUUGGUUUGCCAUUCUCUCCAACACGGAUCUUGUGUGCUAUUUUGUCGUCUUUAUCAAUCAAGUCAAUUCUGCGAGUAUUCUCUCCUUGCCACUGCCUUUUAUGGUCUUCUGCUGGGGAACUUUGACUGUGCCUCGGCCGUCGAAGACUUUCUGGGUCACGCUGAUUGCCUAUACGCAGAUUGUGGUGCUGCUGAAGUGCGUGUCGCAGUUUGAAUUGCUGUGGUGGAACGAACAGGCAAUUCCGCCGAAUCAGCCACUUGCGCCAGCUCGAAUCAUUGGCAUUGAGAAGAAGAAGAACUACGCAACUUACGAUUUGGCUCUGCUGCUCGUGCUGUUCUUCCAUCGCUUCAUGCUGAAGACGCUGGGAUUGUGGAAGUCGGACUUCAAAGAAGAGCCAAUCUCAGAGGGAACCUAUCAAGUCAAUCACCAGCAGCAACAGCAGCCGAACAAUCAGGAGGAAAAGGCUCUGGUGAAGCAGUCCAAUGAGUUGGAGAGGAAAACCGAUGAGUCUGGAUCCAAUCAAGCCAUCGCGAUCACAAAAGUGCACACAGAGACGAUCCUCUGUCCGUCCACGGAUAUGCAAUUGGUUCAGGUGACUGACGUGAAGGAACAGCCGUCAUCGAUUAUUCCGCCUGUGGUGAAGUUAUCAUUCAAUCGCCAUUGUUCAGCAUUCCGGAUAUUCUUUGGGCAACUCCUUGAUCGCUCCUCCCGAGUGUCUGCCGAUGUUUAUGCCUACAUGUUCUUCUGUGACUUUAUCAAUUUCAUGGUUGUGCUCUUUGGCUUCACAUCAUUUGGAUCUCAGCAAGGCGAUGGCGGCGUCACGGCGUAUUUGGAGGAGAACAAAGUGCCUUUGGCAUUUCUCAUAAUGCUAAUUCUACAAUUUAUUCUCAUCAUCAUCGAUCGAGCUCUUUAUCUCAGGAAGUACAUGUUGGGAAAAAUCAUUUUCCAAUACGGCCUCACUGUCGGGAUUCAUAUCUGGAUGUUCUUCAUCCUGCCAGCAGUCACUGAGAGGAGUUUCAAUGCAAAGAAUCCUCCAGUUAUUUGGUACCUGAUUAAGUGUUUCUACCUCCUUUUCUCCGCCUAUCAAAUCCGCUGCGGAUAUCCGACCAGAAUCCUCGGCAACUUCCUCACGAGGAGCUUCAAUUUUGUGAAUCUCGCCGCGUACAAAGCCUACAUGUUCAUCCCAUUCCUGUUCGAGUUGCGCAGUCUGAUGGACUGGAUUUGGACGGACACGUCGAUGACACUGUUUGACUGGCUGAAGAUGGAGGACAUCUUUGCCAAUAUGUACCAACUGAAGUGCUCUAGGAAGAUGGAAGACGACUUCCCGGCGCCGAGAGGAACGAAGAAGACCACCGUGGUGAAGUAUCUGAUGGGCGGCGGCAUGUUGUUGGGCCUGGUGACGAUCAUUUGGUUCCCGCUGGGAUUGUUCGCCCUGGGAAAUACUGUGGGUGAAUCCAAUCCACCCUUCGAUGUGUCCGUGACGAUGAAGAUUGGACCUUUUGAGCCCAUCUACUUUGCCAAUGCGCAGGGUAGCAAUAUACAGAAGUUCACGGAGGACGACUGGCUCCUGCUGAAUCAGCCGUACAAGCGUGACAAGACGGCAGUGACUUUUCUCACCAACUAUGAAGCUGCAGAUGUGGCUGUGGUGGAUUUGGGGCCAAAUUCCACGUCUGUGUGGGCGAUUUCGCCGCCCGAUUUGCAACGCAUGCGAGAGGAUAUUGAGUCUCAGGACACACUGAAGAUCUUCUUCAGAUACACUGUGUCACGCGUGACGUACUCCAAGGAGAAUCCGGGCGUGAUCACGGACGAGACGAGCUAUGAUCUCGUGUACGGUGAUCCCAUAAGGCAAGUGCUGAGUGGCAUGUUGUCCAAUCAAACGGCGGGCAAUGUCUCGAUUCCCCACAUUCUGCCCAAGUUCUUGAAGGUGAAGAACAACGGUGUGCUGAAGCCAAUUCCACAGCUGAUUCCCAGUGACUAUCCAGAGGAUGCGGGCUAUCGCAACAUCACGCUGAAGCUGUACGAGGCGGACAACGUGCGAUGGUGGGAGUUGAAGGAGGACUGCACGGAUCACUUCUAUCAGGACAUCCUGAAGGACAUCCCCAAGGCGAAUUGCGACUCUGCCAUCGUGAUGUACACGUUCAAUGACAAACUCUUCCCGCCGACGCUGAGUUAUCUCACGGGUGGCGGAAUUAUUGGCAUGUACACGACUUUUGUGAUUGUGAUUUCGCGCGUGUUGCGCGGCAUCUUCUCGGGAUCGAGCGUGAAGAUCAUGUUUGAGGAUCUGCCGUAUGUGGACAGAGUGCUGCAACUCUGUCUGGACAUUUAUCUCGUGCGUGAGUCGCUGGACUUUGCGCUGGAGGAGGAUCUCUUCGCCAAGCUGAUCUUCCUCUAUAGAUCGCCGGAGACGAUGAUCAAGUGGACGCGUCCCAAGGAGGAGGAGACGCAAGGUGAUGACGAUGACGAUGACACGAGCAGCAUGAGGAGUGGCAGCAAAGCUGGAGGCGCUGUGAAGAGGAAAACCACGUAAUUAAUCUAGUCUUUAUCCCCUGAAUAUCGCGUGUCAAAAUAAUAAUGAUGCAUUUUUUGAUGUCGCUUAGCGACAUAAAACGUUUCAUUUCUCAUGUAAAUAUCUCACGAUGAUUCGCAUUUCUCUUCCACACACACACACAAACAAACAAACAAAA